GCACACUUUUUUCAUGUGCUUUUAUUUUGAAAGGAAGCAAUUCUCUCACGGCAGCCACAAUGUAACAUGUGGGAGGAACUACUUCCGGUUCUACAGUGGAAUCUUGCAUGAGUUUGUACUGUUUUAAAGCGUGAAGAGACCGUGGGACAGAGGGAACAGAAUAUGCCUUUCCUCCACGGGUUCAGGAGGAUCGUGUACGAGUACCAGCCGCUGGUGGAUGCUGUGAUGAGUGUCCUGGGAACAGAAGGAGGAGAAAACCAGCGCAGACAAGAGGAUGAAGAAAGCAUCUCAAGGGCCCUUGUGGAGCUUCUGGAUAGAGAGUCCCAGUCUCCCGUCUUCAUGCAGGGAAUCAGCUACUCCCUGUUUCGAGUGGCUGAUCUCGGGUUGGUCAGCGCAGCAAAGGUGCUCUUGCGUUACGGAGCUGAUCUCAACUUUGAAGACCCUGUAUCGUACUACAACCCCUUACACAUUGCAGUGUUGAGGAACAAGCCAGACAUGGUGCAGAUGUUGAUAUCUCACGGAGCUGAAAUCAACAAGAGGGACAGGAUUCAUGAAAGCAGCCCUCUUGACCUGGCCAGCGAGGAGGCGGAUAAGCUGCCGUGUUUGCGUGUGCUUCUGGACUUGGGUGCUGAUGUGAAUGCGAAAGACAAGAAUGGAAAAACUGCACUGCUUCAUGCUCUGGCCAGCAGUGAUGGACUCACAGUCAAUAAUGUGGACAAUAUAGAGCUGCUUCUACAAAGAGGUGCAGAUGUGAAUGCCACCACACAUGACGGUGAGACCCCCAUGUCCUCUCUGAUCUUCCUGGUGAAGGAGGCUCUGGACAGCAGCGUGGAGGAUGCGAAGGAGAUCGGGCGUUUUUGUACCCGUGUGGCACGUCUUCUGAUCAGCCACGGUGCCGAUCCCAGCUGCUGCUUGAACGCUGCUGACGGGGAAGAGUGGGAACAUUCACUAACCUACACCAUUCUGGAGAACUUCGACUUGCUAUUUCCCCUGACCUCCCUUCUACUCCAGCACGGCGCUUCCUUCGUCUGCUCUCACCACAGCGCCUCCUUCUGGACGGGUCAACAACUGAUAUUCACGCGUCUCGCUGAAGCUCUCCGUGAGCCUUUAGAUGCCGCCGAGCUGGCUGAUGUUUUAGCCAAAGCUGAAGUGCUGUUGGAUCUGGCCAGGAUCUGCUCUCCUGUCGUUCCUCCUCUCUUCCCGCGCUCACAACUGCCCAUUCUGGACCAGGUUUCUACCCAUCAGCCCGUGCUGGAGCUCUACAGCAAACUAGAAGACCAAGAGAGCCGGCCUCUGCCACUGAGAUGCCUUUGCCGGAGACUGAUCCGCCGCUGUCUGCAGCCGUGGCCUUUUGAGGAGAAGGUGAAAGCCUUGCCACUGCCAGACAGACUGAAGGACCUGCUACUCCCAGAGAACUGCUGGACCAACAGACCCGGCUGGGACAGAUUCAAACCUCGACGUUCUCCACGCUGAGAGGCGGAUCCACGCGGACCGUGUUUGUGGUUGUAAAUAUCGAGCCCUUAAUGACCUCUGCAUUCAGUCAAAUUCAGAUAAAAGUGAUGCAGUGCUUGUUUCAUUUGAA